AUGCCGGCGGUGAGAUUUCCGCUGGAGGGGUUCGGUGACGACCUCCAAAGAAACAGGCAAGAGAUACAUUCGUCGUCCCAUAAGACGCCUCUCGGCGGAAAGACGGUGAAUGCGCUCCCUUCUGUGCCGAUUCCGCCGGUGGCAGUAUUGGGAGGAGGGCGGGCCGGAGAAUUGGGAGCAUUGGCAGGGGUGUUACCUGCCAUGACACAAGACCACCGAGAAUCCAAGGUGGAGCACCCGCCGAAGACCUCAUCAGGCGGGUUCUCGCUUGGAAGGGAGCCGACGAGGGCCCACAAAUCAACUGCGAAGAUCGACCCGCAUCCAGCGUCGGAGAGUAUUGGGGAGAGUGCUUGGCGUCCCCUUCCGCGAUGGUGCGCAUUCAUCGUUGUUACGGUGAGGUCGAUUUCCUACAUGCCGGCGGUGAGAUUUCCGCUGGAGGCGUUCGGUAAUGACCUUCAAAGAAACAGGCAAGAGAUACAAUCAUCGUUCGUAAGACGACCCUCGGCGGCACGACGGUGA